AUGGCCGAUGGCAAUGCACCGGUUGAGAGAAGGCAAAGAGAAGCCAGCUCUAGUCCUGGCCCUGUCGGCGACACAGUCUCGCCUCUCGCCGAGUUUAUGGAAGAAAUGAGAGAAUUCAAAGCCAGCAUGGCCUCUGAGAUGGCAUCCGUGCGUGGCGAAAUAAAUAAUUUCACCUCUACAUUUGACGACUCUACUUUUGACGACGAGCUUCGCCUGGAUAUUGACGAAGGACAAGGUAGCGACUCGGAAACUGUGUCUACAUGUCUGGACACUAAAGUUGAACGUCUCCUUAAGGAAACCAGCAAGACGACAAGUAGCGAGGAUUUGACGACAAAUUCAGAUAGCCUCCUUACAACUAUAGCACAAGAGCUCGAUGUUAGUGAACAGAUGGGCGCCGCUGUUCAAGAGCGUCUUGCCUCCAUAGUCGAGGGCCUUUUGAGCACCAAAUUAUCCGAUGAGAAAUGGCGAGAGAAAGUUGGGAAGUAUCCCCGACCCCAAAACUUAGAAAAUCUAAGAACUCCCAGAGUUAAUCCACUUAUAUGGAACCAACUCUCUGCCGGAAAUCCUGAUGCAACGCUGAUAACAUCUUUGACAGAUGGCAUUGCAAUGGCUACCCAGUGUCAACAUGAUAUAAAUCAAGCACGUCGUAUUGCUAUGAAACAGGACAUGCACACAGAUUUUCAAGCACUGUGCAAUGUUCCAAUUCCUAGUGGGGAAUUUUUGUUUGGCGAUUUGUCCAAACACACCAAAGAUAUUGCGGAUGCAAACAAGUUGGCGAAGAAAGUUCGCCCAUACCAGACUGCUACUGCACGAAGCAGACAGUCUAGUUCUGGCACUUAUAGCCGGUUUUCUACUGGGCAAUACAGACGUGGCCACCCAUAUCAACGACGUGAAAAUUUUUUCGACCGAGGUCGGUUUCACAAUGCAAAGAAAAAGAGAGGGGGAGCUGCAAAAAAGCAGUAA